UGUCCGGCUGGCGGCCGCCUGUGGCAGCGGCAGCGGCGGGAUGGCGCUAUCGGAGGCGGCGCUGCGCAGCCAGCCGGUGUCCUGGCCCCGCAUCGUGCUGUUCGGGGACUCCAUCACCGAGGCAAGUGCAAACAGAAAAGAAAAUACACAGAUGAAAAUCGAUGCUUCCAACAGGAGUGGGAGAAUAAGUACUUUUUUGUUGAAUGUAAUGUUUUCUUUUCAGGACAAUGGUUGGGGAGUGUUGCUUGCUCAGAAAUUGGUCAGAAAAUGUGAUGUUUUAAAUCGCGGACUGUCAGGCUACAAUACCAGAUGGGCUAACAUAGUUCUUCCCAGAUUGAUCAGCAGAAGUUCUAAUGUUGAAAAUACUAUUGCAGUUACCAUCUUCUUUGGUGCUAAUGACAGUGCUUUAAAAGAUGUGAAUUCCAACCAACACAUUCCACUGAAGGAAUAUGCUGAUAAUUUAAAAAGUAUGAUACAAUAUCUGAAGUCCAUAGACAUUACUGAGAACAAAAUUAUUUUGAUAACACCACCCCCUCUCUAUGAACCAGCUUGGGAAAAAGAGUGUAUUGCCAAAGGUGACAAAUUAAACCGCUUCAAUUCUACCACUGGAGAAUAUGCCAAGGCAUGUGUUCAAGUUGCUAGAGAUUGUGGGACUGAGGUUCUUGAUCUGUGGACACUUAUGCAAAAGAAUAAUCAGGACUUUUCUUCCUAUCUAUCGGAUGGACUUCAUUUAUCAGUAUUGGGAAAUAAUUUUUUAGCAGCUCAGCUUUGGUCACUGCUGGAAAAGAAGAUUUCCACAUUACCUAUGCUGCUUCCUUACUGGCGCGAUGUAGAUCAUCAGAAUCCUGAAGUUAGCCUUCGUGGGAAAUCCUGAUCUGUAACAUAUUGACCGAGUCUGUUGAUGGACAGGAGAAAAUGUGCAUUCCGCAAAAUACUCCUAGUGUUUUUCUUAGAGAAAAGAUAAUAUUGAUACAAGUCCUUUCUCAAAUGUUAUGGUUUAUGGAAAAAUAAAGUUACCUUUACACGUUC